AUGUCGUCGACCAAAGACCUCUGGUGGGCGAAACAGCACCCGCCCGCCGACCCAACGCACCUGUCGUUCAAGGACAGGGCGGUGCUGGUGACGGGCGCCAACUCGGGGCUCGGCCACGAAGCCGCCGUCAAGUACGCCGCCCAGGGCGCGUCGCCGCUGAUCCUCGCCGUGCGCUCCCAGGACAAGGGCGAGCAGGCCAAGGCCGCCAUCAUCGCGCGCACCGGCUGCAAGCCGGACGUCUUCAUAAUCCUAACCGUCGACAUGUCGACGUUCGCGUCGGUGCGCGCCUUCGCCGACCAGCUCGACGCUGCCGUCCCCGCCCUGCACGUCGCCCAGCUCGCCGCCGGCGUGGCCACCUUCGCCUUCGCCAAGAGCCCCGAGGGCUACGAGUCCGCCCUGCAGGUCAACGUGCUGUCGACGGCGCUGCUGGCGCUGCUGCUGCUGCCCAAGCUGCGCGCCACGGCCGCCGCCGAGGCCGCAAAGCCCGAAGCCGAGCAGUUCGUCCCGCACCUGUCGUUCGUGCACAGCAUUGCGUCGAUGGAGGUGACGGACGCCGACAUCACGGCCGACCAGUCGCUGGUGCAACGCAUAGACGACCAGGCGCGCUUCGACAACCAGCGCCAGUACUUUUUGUUCUUCCUGCUCGGCCGCUCCGUCGAGGAGGGCAGCCGGUCGCUCGUCAGCGCCACGGGCCUCGGCGUCGAGAGCCACGGCAAGUUCUGGCGGAACGAUAGCUAUGCUCCGUGA